AUGAGCAGACACUCCACGGUCCGGCUGCUGUGGAUGCUUCAUGCGUUCAUGGACCUGUCCGGCUCUCAGGAGAUUUACGCACCGCACUCCAUCAGGGUGGAGGGCGACGUGACGCUGGGAGGGCUGUUCCCAGUCCACGCCAGAGGGGUCCCUGGGAUCCCAUGCGGGGACAUCAAGAAGGAGAAUGGGAUCCACAGGCUGGAGGCGAUGAUGUAUGCUUUGGAUCAGAUCAACGGGGACGAGGAGCUGCUGCCCAAUGUGACCCUGGGAGCACGCAUCCUGGACACCUGCUCCCGGGACACGUACGCGCUGGAGCAGUCCCUGACCUUCGUGCAGGCGCUCAUCCAGAAGGACACGUCGGAUGUGAGGUGCACCAACGGGGAGCCGCCGGUGUUCGUCAAGCCGGAGAAGGUGGUCGGGGUCGUGGGCGCGUCCGCCAGCUCGGUGUCCAUCAUGGUGGCCAACAUCCUGAGACUCUUCCAGAUCCCUCAGGUCAGCUAUGCAUCCACGGCCCCGGAGCUGAGCGACGACCGGCGGUACGACUUCUUCUCUCGGGUGGUCCCGCCGGACAGCUUCCAGGCCCAGGCGAUGGUGGACAUCGUCAAGGCCAUGGGCUGGAACUACGUCUCCACCGUGGCCUCGGAGGGCAGCUACGGGGAGAAAGGGGUGGACGCCUUCAUGCAGCUCUCCAGGGAAGCAGGUGGAAUCUGUAUCGCUCAGUCUCUGAAGAUCCCUCACGACCACAAACCCUCCGACUUUGACAAAAUCAUCCGUCUGCUGCUGGACACUCGGUACGCCAGGGCCGUCAUCAUGUUCGCCUCCGACGAGGAUAUCAGGGGUAUCCUGAACGCCAGUAAGCGGGCGGACCAGGUCGGUCACUUCAUGUGGAUCGGCUCGGACAGCUGGGGGGCCAAGAACAGUCCGAUCCACCAGCUGGAGGACGCUGCCGUGGGAGCCGUCACCAUCCUGCCCAAGAGAGCCACCAUCAGCGGGUUCGAUGCGUACUUCACGUCACGCACGCUGGAGAACAACAGGAGGAACGUGUGGUUCGCCGAGUACUGGGAGGAGAACUUCAACUGCAAGCUGAUGAGCUCCUCCAAGAAGGACGAGAGCAGCAGGAAGUGCACAGGUCAGGAGCGCAUCAGCAUCGACUCCAAGUACGAGCAGGAGGGUAAGGUCCAGUUCGUGAUCGACGCCGUGUACGCCAUGGCCCACGCCCUCCACAACAUGCAGAGGGACCUGUGUCCGGAGAACUCCGGCAUCUGCCCCGAGAUGGACCUGGCUGGAGGGAAGAAGCUGCUGAAGUACAUCCGCAGCGUCAGCUUCAACGGAAGUGCUGGUACUUCGGUGACCUUCAACCGUAACGGCGACGCCCCCGGACGCUACGACCUGUUUCAGUACCAGUGGAACAACGUCAGCGGGCCGGGCUACCGCGUGAUUGGACAGUGGACCGAGACCCUGCAGCUCAACAUCGAGGACAUGCAGUGGCCUCGAGGGGAGCCGGACAUUCCCAGCUCGGUGUGCAGCCUCCCCUGUAGAACCGGUGAGAGGAAGAAGGUGGUGAAAGGCAUGCCCUGCUGCUGGCACUGCGAGCCAUGCGACGGCUACCAGUACCAGUACGACGAGUUCACCUGCAAGCUCUGCUCCUACAACAUGAGGCCAAAUGCCAACCGCACCGCAUGCCAGCCUAUACCCAUCAUUAAGCUGGAAUGGCACUCACCCUGGGCGGUGAUUCCGGUCUUCCUGGCGAUGCUCGGCAUCAUUGCUACGAUCUUCGUCAUGGCGACGUUCAUACGGUACAACGACACGCCCAUCGUCCGAGCGUCCGGAAGGGAGCUGAGCUAUGUCCUCCUGACUGGGAUAUUUUUAUGCUACAUCAUCACAUUCCUCAUGAUCGCCAAGCCAGAUGUUGGCGUGUGCUCGUUCAGAAGGAUUUUCCUGGGUCUGGGUAUGUGCAUCAGCUACGCCGCCCUCCUCACCAAAACCAACCGCAUCUACCGAAUCUUCGAGCAGGGCAAGAAGUCGGUGACGGCGCCCAGGCUGAUCAGCCCCACCUCACAGCUGGCAAUCACCUCUAGCCUCAUCUCGGUCCAGCUGCUGGGGGUGUUCAUCUGGUUUGUGGUGGAUCCGCCCAACACCGUCAUAGACUAUGACGAGCAGAAGACCUUCAACCCGUAUCUAUCCCGAGGGGUGUUGAAAUGUGACAUCACGGAUCUUCAGAUUAUCUGUUCGUUGGGUUACAGCAUCUUAUUGAUGGUGACAUGUACUGUUUACGCUAUAAAGACCCGCGGGGUGCCGGAGAAUUUUAACGAGGCCAAGCCCAUCGGGUUCACCAUGUACACCACCUGCAUCGUAUGGUUGGCUUUUAUACCCAUCUUCUUUGGCACGGCGCAGUCUGCAGAAAAGCUGUACAUCCAGACGACCACACUGACCAUCUCCAUGAACCUGAGUGCUUCCGUGGCCCUCGGGAUGCUCUACAUGCCCAAAGUCUACGUCAUCAUCUUCCACCCGGAGCUCAACGUGCAGAAGAGGAAACGCUCCUUCAAGGCCGUCGCCACAGCCGCCACCAUGUCGUCCCGACUCUCCCACAAGGCCAGCGACAGGCCCAACGGAGAGGCCAAGACGGAGCUGUGUGAGAACGUCGACCCCAACAGUCCGGCAGCAAAGAAGAAAUUUGUGAGCUACAACGACCUUGUGAUCUAA